ACACCCGCCAGAAUAACAACAGGCGCUCCCCAACACAUCAUAUUUCAGCGACGUACAACGCGUGAACGUACAACAAUAUGAUUACCGAAGUCAUCAUAUGGCUGACAUUAACUGGGCUUGUCCCAGGAUUGUCAGGACUGCCAACUGUCUGGGGAAUUGGACGUAGUGGCUACAAUUCUUCAACGCGGAAGUUCAACCUGUCCAUACCAGAGAAUAUCCCUGUAGGAGAGGUUGUGGCUAACAUCGCAUCAGCUCUUCUAAACGAAGGCAACUCCAACAGGUCGGUGAGCUUUGCUAUCGUUGACGGAGACCCGUACGGAAGGUUCUCGGUCCAUGCCGACGGAUCACUGGGCACCCUUCGUGUCGCAAACCCGCUCGACUUUGGGGUCCGUACAAGGUAUGACCUUGUCGUGUUGCUGAAGUGUACUGACACAUACGAUAAACUGUGCCAGCUUUCCAACCAAACCUACGCCGUUAAAAUUGACAUCAAUGAUGUUGAAGGCUACCCACCGGUAUACAAUACAACAUGUGAGGCGCCAGAAAGAGAAGACAGACCGCAACGACUGUUCAACCUGUCCAACGUCAUUUCUAAAUUCGACACAGGCUGGAUUCACACUUCUGACUUACAAUUUCUAACUUCCAAGCUGAGAAAGGAACUUGUUAUGCGAGUAGAUAACGAAGUCUGUGGCGUCACGGUGGUGGCUGGAUUGAAGAGUUUGUCUGAUAUCGGCUGGGCGAACAUCUAUUCUUCUACAGGAGCCACACUCAACUGUUCUUCCAGUCAGUCAGGUAUGACUGUUCAGCUAAGGCUUGUGAGUCGGACAAAUCCUAUUGGUGAGUUCCAAGACCUUCGGGAAAAUCACCUCAUUAACGCCGAAUGGCUGAACGACGUGCGUUUUGGGUAUUUCUGGGUCUUUCAAAUCGACUCUUAUCGGACAGUGUCGGCUGCUACGAUCAGGUGUGAGUCUACCCCUAUCCACUUCAAAAUCACAGAACAAACGACAACAUAUUCUAUACAGUUUACUAUAGACAAACUCGGCUGUGCAAGAGGGAAGUUUGGUCCAUGGUGUGACCAGGACUGUGUGUGUAAGAACCGCGCCCGUUGCCAUGGUUUUAACGGCGCCUGCCUGUGUCCUGUAGGGUGGAUAGGAGUGGCCUGUGACAUCCCUAUCCCAGCGGUAGCCUUGGUAACGGUUCCUAGCCAAAACAUUUACAUCGGCAGUAAUGUAACACUGUCGUGCGCUGCAGUUCACUUCAACGUGUCGUCUAUGUCGCUAACGUACAGGCCAUUCUACACUAAGACCUCAACGGUCUUAUCAAACCAAACCACAGGCAUAGAGUUUACAAUGAACGCUUUCCGGGAUGACUACAAUGGAGUGUACAGAUGUGUAGCAGAAACCGCUGGAGCGAGGGACGUCGUCGUAGAGAAAGAACUGAUCCUAAACGUGACGAGUUGUCCUCCCAACCUGUACGGACGGUUUUGUCACCACACGUGCGGCUGUAAGAACGGGGGCCGGUGUGACCGGUGGCGGGGCUGCGUGUGCCGGCCAGGCUGGCGGGGGGAACAUUGCGAUCGGCCGUGCGACCGUGGUCACUACGGGUUGAACUGUCAGUCCGUGUGCGCGUGUCAGGGCAGGGGUACCUGUCACCACAUCGACGGGACGUGCUUCUGCCAGGCGCCGUGGGACGGACCGGACUGCAGCCGGCUUCUGCCUGGAUUGGAAGGCCAACAUCUACAGUUAUUAGGUAUACUGGUAAUACCUGCACUCUUUUUGGCCGUAGCAUUAACAAACGUUCUACGAAAGAAAGCGACGCGCCAUGUUUCUCGUCAACAGGAUGAAGACGGCAUCGUGCUAGUAGAAAUACACACAGAAGACGAGGAGGAGGAGGAGGCGUCAAACCGUCGGUUGCCAUGGGAACGGCGCGAAGAGCACCUAAAUGUGCUGAAGAUGAUUGGACAGGGCUCCUUUAGUCACGUGGUGCUAGCACAGCUGCGCACACCUGGAAAAGAACCGGUCCUGGUCGCCGCGAAGUCCACCUGCCUGGCUGAUGGUCGGGACGGGAGCGAGCGGUGUUACCGGGACUUCUAUCGUGAAGUGGACAUUCUGAUUUCGCUCCACAAUCAGUCCGAACGCAGAGAGGGAGAUAACCGGCGUGUACACCCAAACAUCGUCCAGCUACACGGCAUCAUCACUCAGUCCCGGCCCAGGCGGAUCCUGCUGGAGUACGCUCCGCGAGGAGAACUUCUUCACUCCUUACGAGAGUCCCGUCAGGACCCGGACACCCGUCUGUCUGACCUGCUGCCGUUCGCCCUGCACGUUUCCCGCGCUCUUCGCGAGCUGGAAACUCUGAAGAUCGUCCACCGGGACGUGGCCGCUCGGAACGUUCUCAUCACGGAGGACGGCGUGGCCAAACUGGCCGACUUCGGCCUCGCCAGGGACGUUUACGCCAGCACGGUGUACGUCCACACCGCGCACCGCGGCCAGGACGACCUGUUACCGCUGAAGUGGAUGGCGCUGGAGUCUCUCCGGGACGGUGUCUUCACCAGCCGCAGUGACGUGUGGUCGUUCGGCGUGCUGCUGUGGGAGAUCGCCACGUUUGGACAGGAGCCCCGCUACCCCCGGGUGCCGUGCCGUCCGGACUGCGGACAGCUGAUACACAUCCUCACCGACACUCCGGCUGCAAGCGGCACGAGACUGGAGUGGCCGGCGGGGUGUCCCGUCUCCCUUUACCGGCUGAUGUGUCAGUGUUGGGCCGCAGAACCAGAGGACAGGCCCGACGCUAAACAACUGGAACAACGUCUGGAAGAAAGUAUCAAUGAUAACUGAGACGGAUAGAAUAAAUCUUGAAAAAGACGUGAAAAGGAAGAGAUAAGUCUGUGCAUAUUGUAUGUAGUAUCACUUUAUGCAAGAACUGGACUCGUCUGUAUUUCUAGUUAUUCGUUUGUUUACUUAUUUAUUCCCACAUUAAAA